AUGAAGAGGGUAGUAGUCACUGGCAUGGGAUUGAUCACGCCAUUCGGAAGAGGCGUGCAACAUAACUGGCAAAAGAUAGUUGAGUCUAAUAGCUCGUCAUUGUCAUCGCUGACCUUUGAAGGAUACGACAUCACCUCCAAAGUAGCAGGUCGUGUGCCCCGCGGUACAGAGCAUGAACAUCAAUUCCAUGAUGGGCUGGUACCAUCACAAUAUAGAUUAGGUAGCAGUGACUUUAUUAAGUAUGCCAUUGUAGCAUCGGAGGAAGCACUCACAGACUCAAAGCUAGACCUGGCAAGCGAUGAAUCGUUACAAGAGAGGACUGGAGUAUGCAUUGGAAGUGGAGUAGGAGCAAUGGAGGACAUUACAAACACACAUGAUAAGGUCAAGGCAGGUGGACAGAACAAGGCAAGCGCAUACUUUGUACCGAGGAUACUGAUCAAUGAGGCAUCGGGCAUUGUUAGCAUUAUCAAUAGGAUCAAAGGCCCAAACAUGUCGAUAGUGUCAGCUUGUGCAACUGGUGCACACGCCAUUGGUGAAUCAUUCAGGAAGAUCAAGUAUGGCGAGGCGGACGUCAUGCUCUGUGGCGGCUCCGAAGCAUCGAUCACACCUCUCUCAGUCAUUGGCUUUGCAAGGAUGCGUGCAUUAUCGACCAAGUUCAACGACCGCCCGCAACAAGCGAGCAGACCAUUCGAUGAGGACAGAGAUGGCUUUGUCAUCUCGGAGGGUGCCGGCGUGUUGGUGCUCGAAGAGCUUGAGCAUGCACUCAAGAGAAACGCAACGAUAUACUGCGAGGUCGCAGGUUAUGGAGCCACGGGUGAUGCGCACCAUCUAUCCUCUCCCGAACCCUCUGGCAAUGGUGCCAAGAGAGCAAUGGCCAACGCACUAAAGGAGGCCAACAUCACAGACCCCCUGGCACAGGUCGACUACAUCAACGCACACGCCACAUCCACGCCAAUGGGUGACGGCAUCGAGUGUCAAGCCGUCCUCAACUUGUUUGGCGCCACAACACCAGAGCAGGCUGCGCGAAUUACAAUGAGCUCGACCAAGGGUGCGAUUGGACAUCUACUGGGCGCAGCUGGCAGCGCUGAAUCAAUCGUCUCAAUCAUGGCCCUGCACAACAACAUGGCCCCCCCCAACGUCAAUCUGGAACGACCGACACCCGAGUCGGGCGGAAUCAACCUGGUAGUAGGCCGCGCUCAAUCCAAGCCCAUCGACUGUGUACUCAAGAACUCAUUCGGCUUUGGCGGUACCAACUCAUCACUUGUAUUCAAACGAUACAGACGCUAA